AUGGCUUUAAGAUUCUUUGAAAAAUUAUCUGCAGACUUUUCCAAACUUCUUGAUAAUUGCGAAAGCUAUGAUGUGAUUGUAGAAGUCGGUGAAGCGCCUUUAAACAAAACGUAUAAACUGCACUCACUCGUCUUAGGAACUCGCUGUUCUCUUUUUGAUAGGGAGCUAAAAGAAAUUAAAGAUUGUGACUCCAUCAAAAAGUUAAGAAAAUCCGAUAUCGCGAUUGACGUUUUUGAGAUUAUUUUGAACAAAAUGGAUCCGAGCUAUUCGAUAUCUUCAGCUGUUUUACCACCUCGUAACAUCAUUAAUGCUGUUUUUCCAAAUCGAGAAAAUGACAAUGAGGACGCCACGGUCGCAGUUGAUGAAAAUGAAGAUGUGGACGAGCAGCUGGAUUCAGGUAGAUAUGAUAAUUUUGAGAACUUAAUCUCACACAUUGACUGA